UGGUGGAAUAAUGGAGGCAUGAAUCUUUUGUAUCUUAUGCAAAUAUUAGGCUUAGAGCGUCAAACUAGAACAAAUUUCACGGCCUAGAGAGUGACGUAAAUUUUAUAUUGACGUGAUUCGCUUUCUUUUUAAAUUUUGUGUGGUUUUUAAGUAUUUUUUGCUCAAACUGGUUAGUGUACGAACCUUAGUUUUACGCACCAAUCUUUUAUUGAUCAGAGCUUUUCCUUGUACAGGUACGCAACGUUCUAUUUUCAUUGCUGCGAUCGCACGAUCGUUCAAAAAUACGGAAAAUUUACAUUUGAAGGGCUCACUCAAUGAUAAGAUGCUCAUCACGUCAAUUGUAUUGCUGUUUGCGCUCGACGUCUGUGGACACACGACCUCGUCAAUAACAAAUGCAUUUACUCAGUGAUGUACUCAGCGAAGGACCUCAACUGAUUAAAUGGCGUUAGCAUUUGAUAGUCACGGUUUAUCCAUAACCUGUUGAACGCAUCUUCUUGGGUGUAUGGACAUCUGUAUAUUUAUGUGAAACCAUCAGUGGCUGCAGGAAGUUUCCAUGAUGUCAACUUAACCCUAAAAUACACCCGUGAAGGCUGGUUGCCGAUAGAAGAUGCUGACACAGAGACAAUAAGGAUCAAAGAUGUAACAUCAUUGACUCCGUCUGUUGUUAGUAGUGAUGUGUCUGAGCCAAGCGGAGACCCAAUGGAUAUAACUAUUGGAGAGGAUGUGGUUUUGCAAGCAACUGUUCAGAUCCCAGUGUCUACAAAUGCAGAUUUUUUCUUAAAACUCUUUGGGAGUGGUUUUGAAGCAGUAGAUGGACAGAUCACUGCUGUUGGCAGGAAUAUAAAAUCACUCCAAAAGCAGAUUGAUGCAGCUUACAAUCUCGGUGUCUCUGGAUCUACUGUAAGUAGCAAGUUAGGAACUGUUUUGAAUGUUGGAAACUACACCCAGUUGUCAGAGAAUACCAUAACAUAUACUGCAACCAUGAGAGUUGGUGAUGUUGUUCAGAACACAAAUGGCAGAAGACUAGCAAUUGUAUCUGAUACAAUUGUCGAUGGAAGACCUCAAGUUCCCAGUUCAUUGACACUAAAGGUUAUCCUGCCAGAUCUCUCUGUCACUGUCACUGUGAAUAAGAUAUCUGGGGUCGACCGGAAUGAGGAUCUCACAUUUACUGUACAGCUGAGUCAUUCCAGAUACUCAGCAUCACAUGCAUACAGGGUGCUUCUGGAAAUUGCAGCACCCAAUGAAUAUUUUGAAAAUGUCCAGAAGGUUGGCUCCCCAGACAUAGGUGUUUUGUCUGUGGUCUCAGGCAACAAUGCCCCAAGUGGAAAUCCAAGGUAUAAUAAUUCAAACACAAAAGUGAUUCUUUAUGAAGUCACCAAUGGCCUGCUCCUUGGCGGUAAGAGCGUCUCGUUUCACUACGAGGCUACAACUGUAGCAGACCUUCAGCCCAGCAUAUUGAUCUCCUCCCCAGUCUACCUCUCCUUUGCAACUCUGCCGCCUAGUUUGUCACCUCGCGAAGGGAGGAAGUUUGAACAUAACUCUGAUCAGGCUACAUUCAGUACUUUCCGCCCUCUCCCGUACGUAACAGUCAGCUUCCAUGCUCCCGCCAAUGGCUCGUUUGAUGCCGGUGACAAAGUAGACUAUGAACUGAUCCUAAACAACAUUGACUCAACGAUAACAGCGUACUCGUUGUCUGUAGUCGUAACCUUUGAGACUGUCGACACCAACAACUUCAACACAUCUUGCAGUAGAGGUUCGCCUUCAUUCAACGCUACCACAAAACAAUCAAGAGUCUUCGUUACACCUCUGGCGCCCUCAGAAAGCAUUCGCUGCAAGUACGAAUCUCGCCUUCAAGCUCGCAUCAGCCCAAAGCAGUUGAUCUCCCAGAUGGUCACAGUGAAGUACUACAAUACAGACGUAGGGAACAACCCACAGAAUGCUGCGAGUUAUAAUGAAGAGAAACAUGCUAACAUUACUACCAAGCCCAUUGAUACCUCGAUACUGUCCAGUCAGAACGCAGAUAAGUUACAGGCUGGAGAUCCAGUUAAUUUCACCCUUCGCUUACAACUCCCUGAGUGUGAGACCAACUUGAGUGUAGUGGUUGAUUUACCUACAGUCCCGGAGAGUGUCAUAGAUCUGCCUCGUAAAAGGAGGAGUUUACAAGGAAUUGGAAUCGGAAGUGAAGAGGAUAACUUAAGCUCUCGGCGCAAGCGCUCUUCAGGUGUGGUGAACACCCUAUCUCCUGUUCUAAGUGACAGUUUUGUGAAGUAUGGAGAUGGUCUAACUUUAUCUCUGAUCCCGGCCAUUACACUUCUGAACCCUACGACUCUGACUAUAGCCUUCGGUACUGUACAGAAUCUUCCCGGCUCAGGAUCCAACGAUACAGUUGAGAUCUUUCUCAAGUUUAACACCGCAAACAGACCACUGAUCCUCAGUGGGCGGCGCCUGUACUUGGCAGUUAAGUUAAACUUCGAUGCUGGGUCAGAUAGUGGUGUGAAACAGUUUGUUAUCAUUGGGCCAUUGGUGAAGCCGCUUCUGUCCAUUGUUAAAACUGUGGAGAUAGUAGAGACGAACAUGGACUCUCCUCUUCUGUUAUUUAACAUAACCAUCGGUCACACCAACGCCUCUAUUUAUGAUGCGAGCAACCUAACUGUUGAGGAUUUUACGCAAGGAAUGGAUUUUUAUGAUUCUGACUUGUCGACUCAAGGGGCCUUUGUUACGUUUCCAAGAAAGAAUACCUUUGAAAUUCGUUUUACCCUUCGAAGUCUGCGUGUUGGUGAGACAAGAUCCUUCAUUUAUGUGGCUCAAUUUAAGGUGGACGAGAAGGAGCCGACCACACUACGUAUCCCCGCUGUAGAGACAUGGAAGAGUGUACAGCUAAACAGCCUGACUUACAGAUUGUCAAGCGAUGCCAGCACAUCUUGUCUCCAAAGAGCUAACGUGGAUGAACCUGAGCGUCGUAAGGUGUUUGGUUAUUUCGCUCUUGGUGUCUUCCUCGGUUUGUUAAUCGGAGCUCUGAUUGCUGCCAUCUUGAUUCUGGUGGUUAUCAAGUGUUGCGACAAAGGCAAGAUGGCGCCAUAUUAUACGCGCUUUACUAAUACAACCACCAUGACAGUUCUGACUGGAGGGUCUCAGUAUAUUUACCACAGCAGCGAAAUGCCAGACAACAAACCAGUGGAGACGCACAAAGAAACCAGUAUUGUUCAGACUGACGAGAGCAUUGUGCCUAUUCUGACUCUGGACAACGCAGCUCAGACAGAGAAAGAGUUUAACAGCCUUGAUGUGCAAGCUACGGCGGCUCUGGAUGCUGACCUAGAGGCUCAAAGACAAAACAUGUUUAUCAGAGCUCUCAAACUGCUGGCCAAGAAAUUGCGGGUUAAAAGAGACAUAUCAUCCGAGCAAGAAAACAAGUUUGCUUUGGAAAUCAAGCAGGCUAUUGGUGCAGUGGCAUUCAAAAUGGCAGCAGAGUACAGGCGGAAAUCUGCUGAGCUUAGAAAGAGUCUGGCAGCAGACGGAAAGAAUCGUUUAGAUGCCUUACAACGGGAGCAAGCGAAAGAGCGAGAGGAAACUGAAAACAAAAUCAAAGGACUCGUGAACGAGCGAGAGAAGAAAAACAUCCUUGAACUUCUAAAACGGCGGCAAGAUGCCCAAGAAGAAGAGCUGAAACAAAAUCUAAAACUGGAGCAAGAUGUUGAGAUGGAGAAGCUCAGAAAGGUGCGCGAGCAUCAGCGGGAAAUCAAGGAAUUUGAAGAACAACAGGAUGAGAAGUUUGAACGAGUGGAAAUUGAUACUGUGUCUUCCAUAACUGAGAAGCAGAAAAUUUUGCAAAAACAUCGGGAAGAAAUAGAGGAAAUAGAGCAAACUUCAGACAGAGAGGCUGCUGAACAAAUAGAAGCCCUCAGAGAUCAACAGACAAGCGAUGGGAACCAGAUGAUAAAAAGCAAUACUCAAAAAAUGUAUCAGGAGUUGGUAGUUAAAGGUUUAUCUGAGUCUGAAAAGGAAGCAAUUUUGGAACGGCAUAUGGCGGACCUUGCGAUGCAGCAAGACGCGAGAGAAGAAGAGAGAAAACGUCAAAGGGGAAUGCUGGAGAAAAGACUAGAAAAACAACGCGCUGCUUUAGAGAAGAAAAUGAAAGAAGAACAAAUGGAACAAGCCAAAAUCAGGAAACAAGAGGACAAGAUCGUUGGGGAUUUGAUCAUUAAUCAAGUUGCGAUGUCCGAAGAGGAAAGAGAGAAAAUAAUUCAAGAACACGAGAAGAACUUAGCUGCACUUGAAAGCAGUCUGACCCUAAACAAACUUCGUCAACGGCAGAUGUUGGAGGACAAGCUUGCACAGCGGAGGAAGAGGAGAAUGGAAGAGUUGGAACGGAAACAAAUGCAUGAGACAAAGGAUCGGGAUUACGAGGAUAGAAUAUUAGUGGAAGGCGAAGAUAUAGAUAUGAUAAAGAAACACGAGCAAGAGAAAAUUGCGGCGAUGAAGGAGGAUGAGCUCCAAAUCGAUGAUGAAAUGGAAACGGUCAGACAAGAAAUGCUUGCAGAGAGAUCCAAAAGGCUCGAGGAACAUCACGAAAAACUGGGUGCAAUCAUAGCAACCCUACAGAUUGAGAAGGCAAAACAGAUCUCAAAGAUAGCAAUGCAGCAACAGGCACUGGGCCAGCUUCAAGCAGGUUUAAUCGAUGAAUUAGAAUCCAAAGGAACCUUCAAGGAUCCUGAAACAGAGAAAAUUAUGGAAAAAUAUCAAAAGGAUACAAAAAAUCUUGAAGAUAAUUUGAAACUACAGAAAGAAAGACAGGAAAAGGCACUGAGAGAACGCCUUCAGGAGAGGAUGCAGCAAAGAGAAGAAACUCUUGCCCAGAAACAGAAGGAUGAGUUAACUCAAUACUUAAACAACCUGAACGUGAACAACAUGGCCAUGAAGCUGAGAAAAGCUGCUUUGAAAGCGAGACACGAGAAGGAACGUAACGAAAUGAGGAACAGAUUGCAGAAGGAAAUUGACCAAUCGAUUAAUGAAUUGAAGAUGACAUUUGACAUCAAGAGAAUGCAAGCAAUUGAGGAACAGAAUAUCAAGUUGAUCUCCAUUUUAGUUCAACAAGGGAAACUUCAGGAAGAUGAACUUGAAUCUGUACUCAAGUACCUUUUCCCCAAAAAAUCACCUAACGAAAUCGACGAGCUUCUCUCCAAGAUCUACGGUUCAGGCCAUAGUAAAGGAAGUAAACAGACCAUCACAGACCUGCGAAGACCAAGUGCAUUGGAGGCCAGGAUCCGAAGGAGAAGUUCCAUCCAUAUGACCACGCCUCCGGCAAUAAGAAAACAAAGUAAAAAGAAGAAAAAGUCCAGGAAGGACCAAGACGAACUUCCACCCAUAAACUUUAAGGGCAGCAAGAAAGGAUUCAACCUGAACGAGUCAAUUCGUGGCUAUCGCACUCUUAGAGAUGAUGAGCAAAAUGAUUCCCAAAGGGAGACAGAUAAUCAGCAACAUGCACCUCAGAAGAGAGGCUCUUAUCAACAGCUGACGGAAGAAAAUAAUCAAGAGCUUGUGGACGAAAUGUUUGGCGAUUCCCCAGAGAAAGACAGAAAAAAAUCAGGCAAGAAGCGGAGGAGAAGACGUCCGAGAGAAGAUGAUGACGAUGAUGAUGAGCCGGUCGUUUGAGAAAUGAUAAAAUGCAGGUGUCAUAUCAGUUUUCAUGGGAAGGGAAGUGGCGGGAGAAGGGGAGCGGUGAAUGGGGUGGACGGAGGGGGGUGGGGCUGCAGCUCAUGCGUGUGGUUGCUGUUCACGCAGAAUGCUUGAUGGUGGGGUUCUGCCCAGCUCGUUUUCCAUCCCGAACCCUAAUUUUAGUGUCCGGUUACUUUAAAGUCCUAAAUAUUUGACCUCCCAUAUUCGUCCACUUCAGUUAGUGCCGAAGAGAUUGAGCUUGCUCGCGAGUAAUUUAUCUGUAAAAUAGACUGCGUGCGUAUAUCUGUUAUUUGAUCAGGGGAUGUUUGCACACAUUCUACUGCAAGUAAACUUCUGCCCAUUGCAGCGGGGCCGAAUUGUUCAAAACACCAUUGAUUUACCCGGGGUUAGUGUAAAUUUUUAAUUUAGUUAUAUAGCUUUGCAAUUUGUUUUUUUUUUCCCGUUAGAUUCGAUUUUUAUUGAGAUAACCCCCAACCAAACCUAGCUCUAAUACGCGCUCUUGAACAUGCGAAAUUAAAGCCAAGGUUAACUUUUAAACCCAGAUUAACGUUAACCCCCCUUGCGAACAAUACGGCUGAGGCGUUGAAAUAACCUUUUUUGCCAAGAAUUCAAGACUUAUCAAUUCAUAUGUGCAUUGUCAGAAAUUUGAUGUAAAUUCAUUUGAAUUUGAAAAAAUCUAAUCGUCUCGUACGUCAUUGAGCUCGAUAUUUUUAUCUCUCACCACUCAUCCCACCUUCGUAUCGUUUUAAAUGUGGAAUUGAUAUCAGUAUAUUCCCAGUAAAAGAGAAAAAUGUAGUACAUUCUCCCAAAAAAACUUAAAUUUCGCAAUAACUCUUUCGCUUUUUGCCAAUUGCGAAAGAAAUUCGUUAGUAUCUUGUCUGUCGUCAAACGGAUUUUAAAGACUAGACAUUUUUUCAUCCAAAGCCAGUGAAAGCUGAUUUUAAUAUGAAUGCAUGCGAUCAUUAGCGCAAUCCAGUUGAAGGCUGCAAUAUGAAAUAUCCGUGUUACUUGCACAUAAUAUCUAAGUGUUUCUUAAUAAAGACAAGAUAGGAUUUAGCCUCUCUUGAUGUAAACUACAAGUGAACGCACAAAAAAUAUUUAAAAAACCAGGCUAUUUAUUGCACCUCAAAAUUUAUUAUUGUAACAUUUAUUUUCUAUACAUCGAAGUGGUCUUUCUUUUACUUUCGAUUCCUGAAUGCGAGGGACGUAUAAUCUACAUUCAGCCUGUCUAAUCACUGUAUGUAAUAAAACUAUUUACUUGCAACUGAAUAAAACAUAUUUAAAAUU